UUAACUAUUAGUACGGUCUUUAGGCACAGUUUACUAUCGAACUAGCUAAGUAACCGGGACGAACAUAUUUCCGUGUACAAGUGCAACCGAAAGUGCGUUUUUGAAAAUACUGAAUUAAAUAGUGACUUAAAACAAUUCCCCCAUCAAAAGAUCGUUCAGUACGCAUUAACAGAACAAUUCAAUCGAUACGAAAUUAUUCCAGCACAUUCGACGGUUGAUUACAUUUCCAGUGCACAUCGAAUGUGGGACGUCGGAGCAUUGAAGUGACAAUUACAGUUAAAAUUACUUGUUAAACAGUGGUGCUAAUAUAAAAAAAAACUCCCGUGAGCACGUACAUGCCUCAGUUGAAACGUGGCCAACCGAACGACGAGAAUUGGCAUAAAUAGCAAUCAAACACGAAACAAAGCACGAGAAAAAAAUACGCGAACCCUGAACUACGCAUCAUAAUUUUUAUCACACAUCUCUACCUAUUUCCCCCCUCACUCACCGGCAUGAACGGGAACAAACAUCUGCUUAAUUGUGUGGGGUACUAGCGCACGAGGAAAGGGUUUUUCGACGAAUCCGGCAAAACACGACCAUAUUUAUGCGCAAUCAGUUGACCAGCAGCAUCCAGCCACCCUGUGGAUGUGACGAGUCUUUUUGUGUUAUUGCUGUUAAAACGCGAAGGUUACGUUUCACUUACCGCUGCCAACUACUACCACGAGGUUACCACCGCACGUAAAACGCCACCAACAUGUCCUGGGUGUUUCAUCUGCUGUGGAUGUUUCUGGUGCUGAUGCUGUUUUUCAUCGUUCUGCGACGGAUAUAUUACUUCGGGCUGCAGGUGCAUCGACCAGCAACAAACCAAUCGCGCAGUCAAACUUCACAACGCUUCGCAGUAUUCACUAUUUAUCAGAAUGAUCUCCGGACGGCUCAACAGCCUCCACCAACGGAACGUAGCCAACCUCCUGCUUACACGGAACCGCCACCGCCACCAAAAUAUGAUGAAGUUAUAAAAACACCGGGCCUGUUCCAGAAACCUCCACCAUAUACAGCGACUGCCGAAGCGUAAAACUUGGUCUACGCGUAAACAUAAAAACAAAGUGUAAUUUAAAGAAAACUUACCAACAUAAUCAACUUUCCUACGUUUUAUUAAUUCAAUUAUGCUUAAUUUAAGACAAAUUGAUUGAAAUUAUCCGAAUUUCGUCGUACGGUUUGUCGGUUUUCGGGUUCGUCUUGGCAUUGCAUAUGUUUUGCACAAUUUCCAUACCUUUAUGCACACGUCCAAACACUGUAUGCUUAUUAUCCAGCCAGG